GCCGUUCAAAUUCUAGUACUUUUUUGUUUUGAAUUCCGAUUGUCAUCUCUUGUCAAGUGUUCAUUAUUUAGAAGUCAUCGUCGCUACGCUUUUUUGUAUUCGAGUGAAUUUCAAUUAGAAUGGCAUCGGAACGCUAUAGUUUUUCGUUGACUACAUUCAGUCCUUCCGGCAAAUUAGUUCAAAUUGAAUAUGCCCUUCAAGCAGUUGCCGCUGGAGCACCGUCUGUGGGAAUUAUGGCUUCAAAUGGAGUCGUCCUUGCUACGGAAAACAAGCACAAAUCAUAUCUUUACGACGAGCACAGUGUGAAUCGCGUUGAGAUGAUAACCGGCCACAUUGGAAUGGUAUAUUCCGGCAUGGGUCCCGACUACCGGCUUCUGGUCAAGCAAGCGCGGAAAAUGGCUCAAAGCUACUACCUUACAUACAAAGAACCAAUUCCAGUUGCUCAGUUGGUGCAGCGAGUUGCAAACUUGAUGCAGGAGUUCACACAGUCAGGUGGUGUCCGCCCGUUCGGUGUUUCGCUUUUGAUUUGCGGAUGGGACAACAAUCGACCAUACUUAUUCCAAUGCGAUCCUUCGGGAGCGUAUUUCGCGUGGAAAGCGACCGCCAUGGGGAAGAAUUCGAUAAACGGAAAGACUUUCCUCGAAAAGAGAUAUAAUGAAGAUUUGGAGCUCGACGACGCCGUGCACACAGCCAUCCUGACCCUGAAAGAAGGCUUCGAGGGCAAGAUGACCCCCGACAACAUUGAAGUCGGAAUAUGCGAUGAGAACGGCUUCAGGCGCCUGGACCCAUCCAGCAUCAACGACUACUUAGUCAACAUCUAAAUAAGUUCGCAUCUAGCUUUGUACACCCCCACACUGUCCCCCAAUUGGUGAUUGAAUAAAAAAAACUCGUUUCAGAUCCAUAAA